CCUCCUCCUGCUCUCGGCGAUUGUCGUGUGAUUGGAAAGAAGUGGCACGUUAAUGAACCGCCUCUACAGGGGUCUCUUUCUGCUCCUGUCACUGCGCUCGGCGACCAGACACGGGAGCAACUACUGAGUUCAUCCCGUCUGGAACACCACCUCGGGAUCGUCCAGCACGGAGGAGGAGGAGGAGGAAGAGGAGGAGGGGGGCGUAUUUCUCCAGUAUACUUAACGAUCAGCGGCAGUCACAGCUCUGCGUCCAAGCAAGAAGGAAACAAGUGAGUUAUAGGCGUCCAACUUUUCCCAACUCUUCCCUCCCGUUAUGGCGAUGGCCUCUGCGCCAAAAGACGACGCUUUCCAAAAGAGGCGUUUUCAGGCAUAAGACGCGCUUCCAAGGAAUUGGACCACAGGCAACAACUCUGGCUAUUAAAAGAACAAUCGUUUUUUUAGGGGCACUGAGCAGCAACAUUCAUCUGUUUUUCGGACCCCGUAAUAAUAAUAUUUAAAAAUAAAUAAAAUAAUAUAGAUCAAAAGAAUAAUGCCGCGACCUGGAAGAAACACCUACAGUGAUCAGAAGCCCCCUUACUCCUACAUCUCCCUCACCGCCAUGGCCAUCCAGGGAUGUCCCGAGAAGAUGCUCCCUCUCAGCGAAAUCUACAAGUUCAUCAUGGACCGUUUCCCCUACUACAGGGAGAACACGCAGCGGUGGCAGAACUCCCUGAGACACAACCUUUCCUUCAACGACUGCUUCAUCAAGAUACCCCGGCGACCGGACCAGCCGGGCAAGGGGAGUUUCUGGGCGCUUCAUCCGAGCUGUGGAGAUAUGUUCGAGAACGGGAGUUUCCUGAGGCGACGCAAGCGCUUCAAGCUGAUGCUGGCGGCGGACCACCUGGCGCCCAGCAAGCCGUCGGACGCGGCGCACUACCUGCAGCAACAGGCCAAACUCCGCCUGAGCGCACUGGCCGCCUCGGGGACGCACCUCCCGCCGAUGUCCGGGUACAACAUCGGCGUGUCCCAGCCGUCCACCUUCAAGCACCCGUUCGCCAUCGAGAACAUCAUCGCCAGAGAGUACAAGAUGCCAGGGGGGCUGGCCUUCUCGACCAUGCAGUCCAUGUCGGCCGGCUACCCGCUCCACAACCAGCUGACCACCGCCUGGCCCCACAUGUACAGCUCCAGCGUGAUGGACACCAUAGCGCCGAUUACAAUGGCCGGUGAUUACUCGCCAUACGGAAUGCCACUCAAGUCUCUUUGCCACGUAGGCCAAACUUUACCCGCAAUCCCGGUGCCGAUUAAACCCACGCCGGCCUCUCUGCCGGGCCUCUCCGCGAUGCCGACUCACAUCCCCGCGUUUCUCGCCCACUCGCCCCAGUCGCUGAGCCCCACGUCCCCCCAGACAGCGACCAGCCAGAGCCCCGCGGCGCCGGGCGAGACCCUCACGAGCCCCCCCGCGGGGCUGCAGUCCGCGGUGUCCGUUCACUGACGAACUGAAACUUUGUAGAAAGUCGCGGUAAAAGACAUCAACUCCAAAGCAGAAUGGUAUUUACACAGUUUUUGAAUAGGCCUAUACCGAGAGCCCAUAGUUUCACAUUUAAGGCAAAGUGUGUUUGUGCUGAGUGUUACAAAAAUGUUUACCUGUGUUUACCUGAGUGUAUCGACUGUUGACAGGUGUCAAUCUCUGUCACCGUAGCCCUAAUGCGGAUAGGUGACAUUACAGACUGAAUGAAGGGUCAACCGGCCCCAUUAUCAACACAAGUCUAGAUAUCACAUUAUUUUGUACCCUGGAAUCUGCUGACUCCAAUCGCCCAUUUCGGUUGCAUCUUGUGUAGUUUCUGGCGGACUGUAAGGCCUCAUAUAAAAGUGAGUCCUGCGUAAAAUGCCAUUUAUGUUAAGUGUUUGACAAGCGCAAUUCAGCACGGGAUCAUGUCUGUGAAUACAUCCACUAGUAGAUUAAAUUAGGAGAGCAUAGUGUGUAAAAACAAAAUACAACUUAACAGUAUUCAUAAAAAGAUCCGCAAUCGGUCUUAUCAAAAUGCAUUUGCUUUUGGCAUACCAAAUAAUCAAGAGGUUGAAUUAUUUGAUUCGUUUUUAUCGAUCGAAGUGAACAAUCGCAAAAAGGGACGUCUCAUGAAAAGGAAACUUGAAAAUGUAUUUAUAUUAGAGACUCUGCAUACAAAAAAAGACACAUAUUUUAAUUAUUGUAAGGAUAAUAUCAAAAUGUAUCAAAUGCACUUUUUAGAUAGAUGUCCUUGAGUAUGAGUGACAGGUGUGGCUCUGUGGAGCGUUUUAUUUAAAGACCGAGGAGACCAACAUUAAAACGCUGUAUAUUUCUACCAUGUCUAGGCCUCUAGGAACCAGCAUGCUACUAUUUCCAAAUCAUGUGAUGUAUUUUGCUGCAAGCAUGCGUGCUUUUUAACUGUACACUGUGACUGCAAUAAAUUGUCUGUCAUCCAAA